AUGGAAGCGGUUAAGAAGGAAGAGAUAAAGAAAGGGCCAUGGAAAGCCGAGGAAGACGAAGUGCUCAUCAACCAUGUGAACAGAUACGGUCCUCGUGACUGGAGCUCCAUUCGAUCCAAAGGUCUUCUUCAACGCACCGGCAAGUCAUGCCGUCUCCGUUGGGUCAACAAACUCCGUCCCAAUCUCAAAAGUGGGUGUAAGUUCUCUGCGGAGGAAGAGAGGACUGUGAUUGAAUUGCAGGCGGAGUUUGGGAACAAAUGGGCGAGAAUCGCUACGCAUUUACCGGGAAGAACUGAUAACGACGUGAAGAACUUUUGGAGUAGCAGAGUAAAGAGACUCGCUAGGAUUCUCCAUAACUCUUCUGAUGCAUCGACUUCUCCCAAACCACCUUCUCGUCGAAACAAAGGCAAAAUCGUUAAACCAAUCCAAUACUUCUAUCCCCCUCAGAGUUUUGGUUUGGUUGAGGAAGAGGUGACUACAGCUUCUUCUUCAUCUUCCAAGAUUCUUCCUUACUCAUCAUCAGACCAAGUUGAUGAAGCUUUGAGGUUGCCUGAAUUGGGUAUCAAGUUAGAACAUCAGCCAUUCGCUUUUUGGACUGAUGAUCCUCUCAUGUCUGAGCCGCAUAUUGCUAAUCAGCAAGCGACCAUCCCUUUCUAUCCCGAAAGCAGAGAGCUUUUGGCUAGACUCGACAACCCUUAUUACUACGAUAUCCUCGGACCGGCUGGUUGUUCUGAGCCGUUGUUCGCUCUCCCUCAGCCGUUUUUUGAGCUGCCUCCUGCAGAGAGAAGAUGUACACAUGUUUCAAAGGAUGAUGAUGAAGAAGAAGCUGAUGUUUUCUUAGAUGAUUUCCCGGCUGACAUGUUUGAUCAAGUUGACGAUCCAAAUCAGAGUCCUUAGACUGUUGUUGUUUAUUUCUAUUAGAUUUACUUCC